AUGAGCACAAGAGAUUUUAUGCGUACCAUUUCAAGUUCUACUCCUAGGAGAAAAUUUGGGAUUGAAAAAUUUAAGAAAUUUAAGAAAUUUAUUCGUCGAAUUUUGAAAGGUAAAGAUCAAGAUAAUAUACCAGUAAUCAAAAUUACACCAGACAGUGAU